GGGAGAACGGGUGGGCUCAAAUACAGGGUAGACUUGAUAAACAUCUUCCUCUCAAGUUAUGGAGUGUCAACGCCCACAAUUUUCUUCCAUCGUUAUCGUGCACAGAAAGAACUAAACCGGCAAAGAUGGCGAGCAACUCUAGCGGAACGAUGCCCGCUCAUGGAUCGCCAAGUAUGGAGCUUACCCCUGACGACGACGACGAUUUCAGGCCUGCAACCUCUCCUUAUGGCGGAAUACUGUCCCAGCUGUGGUUCAAGGGGCAAGGGCCUCUCUACGUGCCAAAUGGACUGCUCCAGGGAAGUCCAGCAUUCGCUGAUCGCCACGGCGGAAGCAACAUCCUUACAAUCCAGGAUGUCUCCUUGGACGCGGGCCACGUCAUCGUUCACUUCCUAUACAAAGGAAGAUACCAGUGUCUCAAGCCAAAAGGAGAAACUGCUCAGGACAAACGGACCGCAGAAUUUGCGACUAGUCUUCGAGUGUAUUCUGCGGCCCGGGACUAUCGCCUGCCUCGUCUUCGCAUUCUAGCAACCAGGGAAAUCCGGAGACUUGGAGAUGGCCUCAGCCUUCCUUGUAUGUUGGAUAUCCUACACGACGAGCAUCCCAAUCUCUGCGACGAAGAUGACUGGCUUGAAACAUACAUCGCUUCACGAACUCGGUCCGAGCUUGACGAUCUCGACAGACCCAAGGCAGAAAAUCUUCUGGUUGAGAUUGGGAGCGCCACAACCAUUAACGGGGUGCUACUAAGGGCCGUUGUCUCCAGGGAGCUGGAAGAGAGGGAGGUCUUAGCAGAAGAGCUAAAACAGACCCGUCGGGAAUUGGAUGCACAUCGCGCAACAAUAAAACAGCUUACAACAGCAGACUCGAUAAACCAGCCGCCAUCCGUGGACCAUGUUAAUCUUAAGCCAGCUGCAGAAGCGUGCCCUGUGGAGGCCGAGGUGCCAGUUGAGGACGGGGUCCCGGCAGGUGACGAGAUACCCUCAGCGGAGGAGGGUUAUCAUAAAGUGGCUGAAGAAGACUUCUACGCACCUGCCGAUGUUGCUCCAGUCGAGAGCCAACCUGAUUCCGUUCACGGCCAUCUUCCAUCCGACACUGACUUUGAUCAAUCAAGUCAGUAUCACCAGCGUGAAGAUUCAAAUCUCGGUCAGGAUCUUACAUCGGCUGAACCAGGUGGCGAGUGGCAACGUGAUUACGAUUCGCUGAUGCGAAUCACUCAGGAGCCUUCAACGCCUCUUUCUGCGGAAAAGAAGAAGACGAGGAAGGAUAAGAAGAAGGCCAAAAAGGUCAGAAAGACGGAUUCUCCACCCGAACCCCCGUCUUGCGUCGAGGUUGAGUAAAGGCCGAGAAGCAGGCAAAACGUGCCAAAAAUCCCACUGUGGAGGUCGACAAGGAGCAAGCAGUUCUUGUUGAAGCGCUUGAUGGAACCUGGCCCUGGUAGAGUCUUCUAUGCCGCCCAGGACAAAGGUGCGUUCACAAGGGGAGGUGAUGCUGGGAGGACAGGUUAUACGUACCUUUAUACAUUCUACCUACUAGCUUAAGCAAUAAAGCAUACGGC